CACAAGGAGAAAAAUGGUCAACAUUCUAGCAGCUGACAUGACAGAAAAGAAUGGUACAUCACCACCAAGGCAUAUGAAAGAAAAAUAUGCCAGAGGAAUUGUGGGUUUGUUCCCUUACCUCAGUGACCCUUACGCCAAAAAUGGCUACGAGCAUUACUACGAUGGUGAGAGCGGCACUGGGUAUUUGGCAUGGAGGAUAAAAACAAUACAGAGAGGCUUGGCGAAGGAUCGAAGAGCAUCAUUUGGAGAACAAGGAUUGUCUGCUGAGGGCAUGUCUGGUGGUGGACCAACUGUAAGACGGGAGUCAGAGUUUACCCCUGAGACUGUCUUGAGUGAGGAGGAAUGCAAAGAAGCUAUUGCAUUCAUGAGCCAUUCAGCUGAUGAGGAAGCAGUCAAAAAGAAAAUGAAAUUGACAUUUGACUAUCGCCGCAAGAUGGUUCUUGACCCUGUGCAGUCAGGUGAUAUACUGACAGUGUUUCCACGUUUCAAAGACAUCAAAGGCUUGAUUGAGCAAGACUUUGUUCUGAUGUUUUGGAGAAGGACUGUCAGGAAAGCUACUGGAGAAGUGGACGACUGCCUUCAAGAAAAAAGUCAUUCAGCAGUGCAAAAAGCUUCCAACUACUGGUGAUGUAGAAGAACUCCUGCUAGCAGCUGAAUCUCCCACAGAUGACUCGGAUGAGAGACUUAAUUUUGUUUGGGACAGUGAUCUCGCUUCUAUAGUGCUGCUACUGCAUCUGAUCCCUCCUUCUGCUCAAGGCCGAAAGAGACCAGGAAAGGUCUCUGCCUCUCAAGCUGAGCGACAUCUUGUUGUCUUCAAGAAGAGUGGAACAAACAUUAAUGAGCAUCUUCGAGUCAUCACUGCUAGUGCUCAGCCCUAUCUCCUGGCUGUGGGACC